UUACCUAGGAUUAUUUCCCUUUCAGGACUACUUGUAUGCAUGUGCCACAUGAGUAGGACGUUUCCGCACGCUUGGUACUGAAUGCUAUCUCCCCACUCCAUUGAUGAACCCAGCCCACUCGUGGCUCCCAGCGCGCCCUGUGUGUUUACAGCGAAUGCUGUGUGUGUGAGCGCAUUGAAUCAGCGAUAAACUCAUAUCCUCGCUGCUCGUGGUAAACGUAAAAGCCUUAAAGCGAGAGUGUGUGAGUUAUCUGCAAUUCCGGGCGCUCCGAACCCCACUCAUCGAAUAGGGGCCGGCCUCUUGGUAAUCCCGUGCAACUGGCACUCUGAGAUAAGGCAAGACGGAUGGCGGGGGAUAAGCGAGUCGGAGCGGUGCCGGGAAAACGCCAAGCGGCAUGGACGUCGCCGCUCUAGCAGCCUCCUGCAGGUAAUAAGCCCUCGCCAAUUAGGAGGGGGAGGUUCUCAGCUGGAACUAAACGGCCGGCGCGAUGCUUUGAUGACGAAACUCUCGUCAGCCAGAUUCCGGCGUUGAAAUUUUGCUGAUGAUGAAGGGGAGCGAAGGUCUGCCUUAACGAUUGGGGAUUGAGAACGGAUGCGAUGGAGAGGACAGGUCACAGCGUGCUGCGGGGGUACGGCUUGUCGGAGAGGGUUGUCACGACGUCGUCAGUCUCCAGUGUUACGGCUAGAUGCAUCAACAGGCUCGGGAAUACACGCGGUGGAGCCGGCAUCUCCGGAGAGUGCUUGUUGUGAGAGUGCGGUAGGCUUCGCGUUGGGCUUGAUUAGUGGGAGACAUCUGUAUAACCAGCACGAUUGAUCCGUUUGGAGGAUAUUGCAUCGCGACUCGAGAGACUGUUGGCAGUGAUACACACAUGAUCUGUCACCAAAAAUUCGAGCUGAAUAACAAAACAGUACACCUCAGAGUCAUGCCAGAGGCAAGCAACGACUACCGCGUGGUGGUGUUCGGCGCGGGUGGUGUCGGGAAGAGUUCCCUGGUGCUGCGCUUCGUCCGCGGGACUUUCCGGGAGAACUACAUCCCGACUAUAGAGGACACCUACCGACAGGUGAUCAGUUGCGACAAGAACGUCUGCACCCUCCAGAUCACCGACACCACCGGCAGCCACCAGUUUCCCGCCAUGCAGCGGCUGUCAAUCACCAAGGGACACGCCUUCGUUUUGGUCUACUCCAUCACCAGCCGCCAAUCACUGGAGGAGCUCAAACCCAUCUAUGACCAAAUAAAGGACAUCAAAUGCAACAUGGACAGCAUACCCGUCAUGCUAGUCGGUAACAAGUGUGACGAGGUUCAGCACAGGGAGAUCUCCAUGCAGGAAGGCGGGGAGCUCGCUAAGAAAUGGACCGUUGCCCACAUGGAAACCUCCGCAAAGACAAACCACAACGUGAAGGAAUUGUUUCAGGAAUUGUUGCAGAUGGAAAAGCGGAGGUCCGUGAGUUUACAAGUCGAGGGAAAGAAGUCCAAAUCUCGGAGAAGAGACAAGCUGAAAGGAAAAUGUACCUUGAUGUGAUUCAAGAACACCUUUAAGACUCUUUCGGAGCAUCGUUUAAUGUGUCGUCGCAAGUAGAAUGCACGAAGUAUAUAAAGAACCGACAACUGUACAUACUUCUUACAUCAAUUCUCAAGAAAUCAAGAUUUACUGUGAAAAGGACGUCUAUAAUAGCUCGUAUCAUCAAACUAGGCAUAAAGAUAUAAGACUGGGUUGUCGGUGCUAAGGGUUACAAAGAAUCUAUGACCAACUCGCUGUGCUAUGCAGUAUAAGGAGUAGAAUAUCUCACAUGUGUAGUCGACAUCUUUCUACUGUGGAAACGUGACAACUUUAUCCCAAGAGAGGGUAGAAUUACAAAAUAAAUGUGCUUAUAUGUAAAAGAGUAAGAUAUGAUACGAGUUCUGUUCGCUUUGUCGAGAAGUACCAUAAGAAGAUUUGUGGUUCUAAGUGCGUAUGCGUGACGAAAUGCAUUGUGGAUAAGAUGU